UGACAGUGUCGGGCACCGAGUGUAACGGUCAGAACGAAGGUAAAAUCGUGGACAGGGGCUGCUGGGGUUAUGCCAAAUGUGUGAAUGGAGAAGUGGUAGUGACAUCCUGUCCCUCAGGCUCGGUCUUUGACGUGGUGUCUCGAAAAUGUGUCGAGCGAGAAGGUCGCACUGAGAACUGCGGUCUCUGUGACGGAAAGUCUGACGGUGUGUACGCUGAUCUCUUGGACGACUGCAAUACAUUCUUCACCUGUAAUUCGGGACAGGCCGGUGAGCUGCAAAGCUGCCUUUUCAAGAUGGUUUACGAUGAGGCCACACUGAAAUGCAACAUCCCUGAUCUGGUUCGCCCACCUUGUGGAACCCGGGGACAGUAG